AUGGACGCCAUUCCCAACGGCGUCGCCGCCAGCCUCAGCAGCGGCCGCUCUACUCCGAGCCAUAUCGGAACAGGCGUCCACAUCCUCGCCGGUCCGUCGCAACCACCGAGCAACCUCGCCUCAGGCGCCAGCAGUCUGAACGAGUCGUAUGAUUAUGACUACGACCUCUGUCCCAUCCCUUCUUCCAUCCUCGACUCCCUCCCUGCGGAAUCAAGACAGCUGACCAGCAGGUAUCCGGGAGCUCGACAGGCAGCAGUCCUGAUCGCGCUAUACCAGCGUGAAGGGGAGGACGGUCUGCGCGUGCUUCUCACGACGAGAGCUGCGCACCUGAGGCGGAAUCCAGGACAGACUCGCCGAGAAGCACACGAGGAGAUUGGGCUUCCGCCACGCAGUGAGGAUGUGUACAAUGUCGCUGUCCUCGAGCCCAUCGUGACGGUAAUGCCCGUCGGGGCUAUGUGGAAGCACCACAUCAUCGUGACGCGUGAGUCCGCCAUCGUCCCACCACCGGCUCUUCCGUGCACACCACAGGCAGCUGCGAGGUCGACCCCGAUACUCGACGACCUCAUGCCGAAUCCAGAUGAGGUUGAAUGUAUCUUCGAUCAUCCGUUCGGUGCGAUCCACCGCGGUUCCGUUGCCGGCGACGCUGUCUCGGACCUCGUGCCCCUUGGAAGUGACUGGUGGCCGCUCGAAGACGAGUUUCACGGGUUCACGUCGGAUGUGCUGAUCUCGGCGACGACCGUAGCCUACUCAAGAGAACCAGAGUACGGACACAUGGCCGCUGAGCAGCUCUCAUUCGCCGAGACGAUACGCGAAGUACUCCUCCGCCUCGCCAGCGAGGGAGAGGAGCCCGAACGGGAGAUAGAGUGGAAGGCUACUCAGAGGCAGCAGAGCGAGAUGGCCAGAGUCAAGGCGAGGGUGAAGCAGGAGGCGGAGGGGCGGUGCGAGGAGCUGUGA